GUGUUUAUGCUGCAUUUGUUUAUAUUUUAGGAAACUAAACCAAAAAAGGCGCGAAUAUGAAAAUCGCCAUCGAAGGCUGUGCCCACGGCGAACUGGAGCGUAUAUACGAAACCAUACAAGGCAUCGAAAAGGAACGCAACAUUAAAGUCGAUCUGCUUCUCUGCUGCGGUGACUUUCAAUCGACGCGAAAUGUUACGGAUUUGCAAACAAUGGCUGUGCCAAGGAAGUACCUGGACAUGUGCACAUUCUACAAAUAUUACAGCGGUGAGCUCGUAGCGCCCAUUCUGACGAUAUUUAUUGGCGGCAAUCACGAAGCCUCCAACUAUUUACAAGAGCUGCCCUACGGUGGUUGGGUAGCACCAAAUAUUUACUACCUUGGCUACGCGGGCGUGGUCACUGUAAAUGGCAUCCGCAUUGCGGGCAUUAGCGGCAUCUACAAAGGCCACGACUUUUUGCGCGGCCACCACGAAUUCCCGCCGUAUACGGAGAAAACAUGUCGCAGCGUCUACCAUGUCCGCCAGUUAGAGGUGUUUCGCCUGAAGCAACUUUCCGGCAAAGUGGACAUAUUCAUGUCGCACGACUGGCCCAGGGGCAUACAAGAAUAUGGCAACAAGGCACAACUGCUGCGGUUUAAGCCACAUUUUACAGAAGACAUAGAAAGUGGGCAGCUGGGCAGUCGUCCGCUCGAGGAACUGUUGAAAGCUGUGCAGCCGACAUAUUGGUUUGCUGCGCAUUUGCAUUGCAAAUUUGCUGCGCUUGUGCCGCACAAUCGAAACUCUAACAAGCCCCUGGAUGCGGAUGAUUCUAGCAGCAGCAGCAGCGAUAGCGAGGGUGAAAAUGAGGACAAGGAUGGGAGCAGCCUACAGCAAGAGCCUGUAGCAGUGCCUGUCACCAAGUUCCUGGCACUAGACAAAUGCCUGCCCAAGCGACGCUUCCUACAGGUGUUGGACAUACCCACCAGUGAGAGCAAUGAUGGCAAAUUAACGCUGGAAUACGACGCCGAAUGGCUCUCGAUAUUGCGCACGACGAAUCAUCUAAUCUCGGUGAAGGAUACCAAUUACUAUUUGCCCGGCAAGAAGGCUGGCAGCAUUGAGGAGCGCUGUAAUUUUACGCCCACCGCCGAGGAGCUAUCACAUAUACGCAGCAAAUUCGAAAGCCUCGAAGUGCCCCAAAACUUUUGUCGCACUGUGCCGGCGUUCGAUCCCGACGAGGAUCACAACUACAAGCAAAUGCACAUUGAGCAGGCAAAUGCACAGCUGAAUCCACAGUGCGUUGAGUUCUGUGCCAUCCUGGGCAUAGACGAUCCGCUUUGCUUGGCCAUGCUGGCCAAUGGCAAGGAUCUUCCACCAACUGGCAGCAUACUGGACAGCUCUGCUGAACUCAAUCUGAAGCAUAGCCCAAAGGAAGUGUCUGUGGACGAGAGCUGCACGUUUCCAGAGCCUUCGGCAACGCCGCCCAAACGUAAACUUAAUCUGUCGCUGCCAGCGCCGACUGCAGCAGCAGAGCCUGACAGGAAUGUCAUUGACCUGCCAGAUGAAGUGGACGAAGAGCCGGAGCCUUCUAUCAAUGAUACGGACGAUUCAAAAAUUGAAGACAGCACUGAAAAUAUUUCCAUUUGUGGUAGUCCCAAUCUCAAGAAGCUCAAGAGACGAAAUCAAAGCAUCUACCAAGCUGAAGAUGACGAUUGAAAUAAAGCUUUAUCGACCUGUU